GACUGCAGACUUAUAAUAUGAGUGUGUUACAUUACUUUCCGUUUCUUUUGUUGUUAUUUGCUGGGAAAUGUACGAGCAAAAAUAUAGUUCUAAUCGUUGCCGACGAUUUGGACUCUGUCCUCGAUGGGAUGGAACCAUUGGCAAAUACGCGAAAAUUCAUCGGAGAAGAAGGAGUGACCUUUGAUAAAGCGUUUGCAGCUUCACCAAUAUGCUGUCCGAAUCGCGCCUCUAUCCUAACGGGCAAGUAUCAACAUAAUCACGGUACCUACGACAACUCAUUGGCCGGUGGCUGCAACGGAAAGCAAUGGCAAGUCGAACACGAAAAUAAUACCUUCGCUGCUAUUCUCAAACGCCAGCAAAAUUACAAGACAUUUUACGCUGGCAAAUAUUUGAAUAAGUAUGGAAACGAAAAAGCCGGAGGAGUGUCACGUGUCCCAGCAGGUUGGGAUGCUUGGUACGGCUUGGUUGGAAAUUCCAAGUAUUAUUCUUAUUCUUUAUCCAUCAAUGGCAAGGAAAGAAAGUAUGGGACUUCGCCGAAUGAUUACCUGACCGACGUAAUUAAAGGUUUUGGCCUGAACUUUUUGAGACAGCAAAAAGCCGAGGAACCAUUUUUAAUGGUACUGGCUCCACCGGCUCCUCACGAACCCUUCACUCCGGCUCCUCGUCACAACGACAAGUACAAAGGUAAAACAGCCAAACGGACCCCUAACUUCAACACUAUAUCUCAAAAGGACAAACAUUGGCUUGUACGAAUGGGUCCUUCGCCACUGCCUUCGAACGUCGUCAAGAAACUAGACGAAAUCUAUCGUAGGCGCUGGGAGACCCUCGUAGCGGUAGACGAACUCGUUGAAGCUGUGUAUUCUCAAUUGUCGUCGCAAGGACUUCUAAACGAGACUUAUAUCAUUUUCACGUCCGAUAACGGUUAUCAUAUAGGCCAAUUCAGCCAACCCUACGACAAACGACAGCCCUACGAAACAGACAUUCGUGUGCCUCUGCUUAUUCGAGGGCCAGGUAUCGAUCGAGCGACUCGUGUCAAUUCGACGGUUAGCAGCGUCGAUCUGUUUGCUACGAUUCUUGAUAUCGCAGGAAUCGAGGUGCCUUCCGAUGGAAUGUCGCUACUCAAUUACACUGUUCAGGAUCGUACAGUUCUGGUGGAGUACAAGGGAGAAAAAUCUGAAUCUAAGCAAAGCACUGGUUGUCCAAGUGAUAACGACAUCAAUCUUAGCCAUUGUAGCAAAGAUUAUUCUUGCAAAUGCCAAGAUGUCGCCAACAACACCUACAGUUGCGUGCGAAGAGUUACCAAAGAUGAAGACAAUGUUUUUUGUGUCUUCAAAGAUAACGAGGACUUUGUUGAGUUUUAUGACAUGCUUAAGGAUGAAUUUCAAAUGAACAAUAUGAGGGUUUCAAUGGGUUCACGAAAACGACAUCGUUUCCGUAAUCGUUUAAAAAAAAUGGAUACCUGUCAUGGCAGGACGUGCAUUGCAACUAAUCCACCGUUAAAUAUAAAAAAAACCUAAUCAGUAAGAUUAAACAGACUUUAUGAAUAUUUUUUGUUAAUGGAAAAAGUUAUUUUAAAUAAAACAUUGAUAAUUUAUAUUGGUAGAAAAUAUUGAAUACAAUUCUACUUCGAUGCCUCAAAAUCCU